AUGCGCGUCCCAGUUCUCGAUAUUUCCUCACGUGGAGAGAUUCCCCUUCCGCUUGUCAGAUCCACAUUCAAGAAGAAAUCGGGGCUCAACAUUACAAGGUCUCAACGACUACCACUUAAAAAUGGUAAGACAUUCUUUCUCAAAACAUUGUCACAUAGCUCAAAUAUAAUUUAGGAUGUUUAACAUUCUAUCACCAACAAAGUUGGCUAGCUAGCUAGUAGCUAGCAUACCGAGUUUCAUAACGUUAGCUAACUAGCUAGCUUGCUAACUAUGCUUUGUUUUCUCUCAGACAAGGUCAGACAAAUGAUGCUAUUUUCAGUGUUCGCACAAAUAAUCGAGCUUGCUAACUACCACUGCAAGAAUACAGGAUGAGAUGAGUUCGGCAGGCUCACACUGUUUUUCAGGCAAUGUCAAGCGAGCCUCCAUGCAUAAUUGUGCCAAAGCAGAUCGUUAACAGUUAGUUAGACACCACUUGAACCAUUCAAUCUCCAAUCGUUGGUUAUUGGAGAAAAUAUACAUCUGAAGUUGGUACUGCUAACGAACUAGCUUUGUACUUAGAAUGAAUGAAGUGAUGUGACGCAUAUUUUGCCAAAACUAAUCCGAGGCCGCAUGCUGAUGAUCCUUUGUGCACAUAGGCAUCUGGUAUACAUUUUUUAAAUCUCAUUUUUAAAUUGUAUUAUUUGACCUAUUCUAUGUUUUUUCUAGUUCAUUGUCGUUGUCCUUGCACAACGACGAAAUGAAAUACCGGCUCCUUAUCAACCACUUCUGGGUUACGUUGUUUCACAGACGUAGUGACCCCAUGUGCAACUGCGUCAGAACAUUUUUAUUUGGUCCGUGCUAUCCGGAAUCCUUGGGACGUCCCUACCCCUCAUUGAAGUUGACAUUUUAAAAGGUUAGGUGAGUUUAGGUUAGGGACGUCCAGGAUGGCACUGACCAUUUUCAUUUGCCUAUUCAUUUCCCAAACUCGUUUGUUUAAACAUUUCAGACUAGUCUAUUUGCUACGUUCACUUAACUUUAGUAUGCAACACAAUUCCACUUUGGAAUACUGCCCAUUAUUUUAAAAACAUUUUUAGUCAUUUAGCAGACGCUCUUAUCCAGAGCGACUUACAGUUAGUGAGUGCAUACAUUUUUUUUCUUCUUCAUACUUUAUCCUAAAUAUGAUAGACUGAGGGAUCUGAAGCAUCAGACAAAUCAGUUACUGAAGAACAGACCUUGAAUGUUAUCUCUGGAGGUCUGGGUCCUUGAGACCUAGAAUAACUAGACCUCACAAAGCCUUGGUCGCCAUGCGGGGGGGGGGGGGGGAGUCACUUGCUGACUUGUUCUGGAAUUUACUCCAACAUUCCCGCCAUGAUUAGUCUAGAAGUGUAUCUGUGGGUCAGGGUUCUGUCGUUAACUGAGAUCAUGGUAAACAUUGACAGUGCAGCACCCAUCAUCCCCACUGGCCCCCCUAAAGAGUCAACAGCCUAGAGAACCACUGUCUCUCCCCUGUUUCAGAGAUGCCCUUCACUCAAGGUCAGAGGUACAUUUGCUAGCAGACUGGCAGCUGGUGUUGCAAAUCUUCUCUGUUGUGGCUCCUAAGCUCCUUGCAUUAUGCUGGCCACAGAGAGAACCCACACUAUACUUUCAGUAGUCUUAGUUUAUGCUUGAAGAUCGUCCUACAUCAGAAAUCGAACAACUGCUUUCUUUAUGCUUUUCAUUAGUGAAUACAAAGAGUUUCUUUGUUGCCUUUGGCAGGGUCUACUUGACAAAUUGCAUGGACACUGCUAGUUAUCAAGGUCCAUCCCGAUUUAUAUCCCUCCCCCACUCUAAUGUAAUGAACCCUCUGAUUUCCUGUUGCCGUUACAGAGGUCCGUAGAGGACAGUACCUCUAACCUGUAGUAAGUAGGUUUAUGAAUACCUAGUUGGUAACUUGACCAAACUUACCAAACCAAGAACUCUUGGAAGACACCAAAGGUUUUUCAAUGUACAUAGUCCACCAAAAUGUCCUUAAUUUCAGUGGAAGAUGGCUACAACACAUUUCCUUUUGGCUAUUUAAGGGGCUGCGGUGUUGGGCCCCUCCUGCUUUUGUUACUCAAGUCUUUAUCAGUUCACACAAUGGAUCUCAGGCUCCACCUGGUGGCUAUUUGAGGGUAUGACCAUUGCAUGCCAAGCACUCACUGUAGAAGAGUCCAAAACUCUUGUCUCAAACUCCAAUGAGCUAUGUAGCUAAAAUCAGUUUCAAUUUUAAAAAAAAUUGCAGUUAGAGUGCAAUGUUUUGUUGUACAUUGUCUCUGUCAAAUAAAAUACUUCCCCUUCAUCUUAUAGGCUUUCAGGAAAUUCCUUCCCAUGUUUGACCGGGUGCUGGUGGAGCGUCUGGCUGCAGAGACUAUGUCGAAGGGGGGCAUUAUGCUGCCAGAGAAGGCCCAGGGCAAGGUGCUGCAGGCCACAGUGGUGGCAGUGGGACCAGGCUCCACCAACCAGGUAACUUACUGCUCCUGUUUCACUCUCUCCGGCUAAUCAAUAGCUUAUCUCUGAGCUGUCGAACUAACUGGCUUGUCUGUCUGCUGUGCAGUUAAUCAGAUUUCACAAUGCCGGGAGAUUAAAGUGUUUAACUUCAGGGACCACAUUGAUACAAUAUAGCAAUUUUUUUAUGUGAGAGCUUGCUGCUCUGGCUUGUGUCUAUAGAGAUAGAUAGAGGACUCAUCUUUAUAGAUGUGCCAUUAUAGCGUGUGACAGCAUGUGCAGCGCCAUUGGAGCUACAACCCAUAGGAAUCCCCACCCAGUUGACUACUUUAAAAUGGCGGAAGCGUGGUGGAAGCCUUCAAUGGCGCUGCCCAUGCUAAAACGGCUUUUGGCCACUAGAGGCUUCUUAUCAUUCUCUAUGGUUGUGUCUAACGGUGUUGUCUACUGAUCUCAUUCAGAAAGGAUAUCUGACACCCAUGAGUGUCAAAAUUGGAGAGAAGGUCCUUCUGCCAGAGUACGGAGGAACUAAAGUCAACCUGGAAGACAAGGUAUGUCUAGAAAUGUUAUAUUAUCUAUGUAAUGAAAAAUGUAUAUCAUACUUAUCUAAUAUAUAAUUAAAAAAUAUAAUGAUUAGUUGGAGUAAUCUACAUGUUCAUUAAUUACAAUAAUUAUGACCACAGUAAAAGCAAUUGAUUCUUCUAAUUGUCUUUCAAUUUCUACAUACAUUUGUUUUUCAGGAAUACUUCCUGUUCCGUGAUGCUGACAUCCUUGGCAAAUAUGUAGAAUAGUCCUUUUCGCUGUGUAACCCCCAUUCAUUCUAAUAGAGAAGGUUGACUCGUUUAGUUUUUCUUUUUUGUUAUUCAAUUGUAAAUAAUUCUGAUCAUGUUUUGUUACAAUAAUAAAGUGAACUAUUGAAUCUAGAUGUGCCUCUUUCAUACUCCUCCCAAGCAGAUAUUCUAUGAAAAUAGGAUUUUAUAUGUGCAAGUGGGGACUCUUCAUAUUGAGGAGUGAGUUUCACAGAUCCCCCAUAUGCUACACUCAGAAUAAGACAAGUUGAAUAUACAUAUGAACUUUCCACAAAUCAGAUUUGCAUAAGAUUUUGAUUAAGUACCAGUUGAUUAGGAACUGGUUUUGGUAAAUGAAACACGAGCAAUGGACAUUAGACCGGUGGAAAUCUGUCCUUUGGUCUGGAGUCCAAAUUUGAUAUUUUUGGUUCCAACCGCCGUGUCUUUGUGAGACGCAGUGUAGGUGAACGGAUGAUAUCCGCAUGUGUAUUUCCCACCGUGAAGAAUGGGGUUGAGGUGUGACGGUGUGGGGAUGCUUUGCUGGGUGCUUUUUUUUUUUUUUUUUCAAGGCACACUUAACCAGCAUGGCUACCACAGCAUUCUGCAGCUAUACGCCAUCCCAUCUGGUUUGGGCUUAGUGGGACUAUAAUUUGUUUUUCAACAGGACAAUGACUACACUCAAUACCCCAUAAUGACAAAGCAAAAAUAGGUUUUUAGAAAUGUUUGCACAUUUAUUAAAAACAAAAAACAUAAAUACAUAAGUAUUCAGACCCUUUACUAUGAGACUCGAAAUUGAGCUCAGGUGCAUCCUGUUUCCAUUGAUCAUCCUUGAGCUGUUUCUACAACUUGAUUGGAGUCCACCUGUUGUAAAUUCAAUUGAUUGGACAUGAUUUGGAAAGGCACACACCUGUCUAUAUAAGGUCCCACAGUUGACAGUGCAGCUCAGGGCUAAAACAAAGCCAUGAGGUCGAAGAAAUUGUCCGUAGAGUUCCGAGACAGGAUUGUGUCGAGGCAUAGAUCUGGGGAAGGGUAGCAAAACAUUUAUACAGCAUUGAAGGUCCCCAAGAACACAUUGGCCUCCAUCAUUCUUAAAUGGAAGAAGUUUGGGACCACCAAGACUCUUCCUAGAGCUGGCCGCCCGGCCAAACUGAGCAUUCGGGUGAGAAGGGCCUUGGCCAGGGAGGUGACCAAGAACCUGAUGGUCAUAAUGACAGAGCUCCAGAGUUCCUCUGUGGAGAUGGGAGAACCUUCCAGAAGGACAACCAUCUCUGCAGCACUCCACCAAUCAGGCCUUUAUGGUAGAGUGACCAGACGGAAGCCACUCCUCAGUUAAAGGCACAUGACAGCCUGCUUGGAGUUUGCCAAAAGGCACCUAAAGACUCUCAGACCAUGAGAAACAAGAUUUUCUGGUCUGAUGAAAGCAAGAUUGAACUCUUUGGCCUGAAUGCCAAGCGUCACGUAUGGAGGAAACUUGGCACCAUACCUACGGUGAAGCAUGGUGGUGGCAGCGUCAUGCUGUAUGGAUGUUUUUUAGCGGCAGGGACUGGGAGACUAGUCAGGAUUGAGGCAAAGAUGAAUGAAGCAAAGUACAGAGAGAACCUUGAUGAAAACCUGCUUCAGAGCGCUCAGGACCUCAGACUGGGGUGAAGGUUCACCUUCCAACAGGACAACUACCCUAAGCACACAGCCAAGACAACGCAGGAGUGGCUUUGGGACAAGUCUCUGAAAGUCCUUGAGUGGCUCAGCCAGAGCCCGGACUUGAACCUGAUCGAACAUCUCUGGAGAGACCUGAAAAUAGCUGUGCAGCAACGCUCCCCAUCAAACCUGAAAAAGCUUGAGAGGAUCUGCAGAGAAGAAUGGGAGAAACUCCCCAAAUACAGGUGUGCCAAGCUUGUAGCAUCAUACCCAAGAAGACUCGAGGCUGUAAUCGCUGCCAAAGGUGCUUCAACAAAGUACUGAGUUAAGGGUCUGAAUACUUAUGUAAAUGUGAUAUUUCAGUUUUGAAUUGUAAUAAAUUAGCAAAAAUGUAUACAAAACUAUUUUUGCUAUGUCAUUAUGGGGUAUAGUGUGUCGAUUGGGGGGGGACUAUUACAUCAUUUUUAGAAUAAGGCUGUAACCUAACAAAAUGUGGAAAAAGUCGAGGGGUCUGAAUACUUUCCGAAGGCACUAUCUCUGGCGGAAUGUCCACUGCUUGGUAGCCUUGCAACUCCCUGUCCCCGCUCCUGAUACAGUGAAUCCGUCACACACAAGUCAGUGCAUUUGUGCAUCAUAUGCAUCCGGGCAUUCUGUCGAGAUGGUCAUGGCGGAGGGUACUGCAGUUCUGAGGAGGAAUCGGCCUGGAACCAAGGCGAAGGUAUGUUUCCACAAAUCGGAAUACGAUUGCAUAUGGUAAAGAGACCAACGGUGACCACGGUGGUCUUGCAGGAACAGUGCAUUUCAUUCAGAUUUCGGGUUUUGAGUCGUUUCUCUGUACGGUUAACUCGGAGUUGUCUUCCGAAAAACAGGAAGAGUCGGGCUUGCAACUGGGUAACGUUAGCUAGCGUUAGCUAACUUGGCAAGCUAAAAUGUACCACAGAUAAUUAGAGACUUGCUAGCUAGUUAGACUUAAAACAAAAAUAUGGACACCAUCUGAAAACCACUUUAUUGUUGCUAGCUAGCUAGUAACUAGCUAGCUAAUCUAGUUUACGUUAGCUAGAUAUCUAAGUUGGCUAAUAGCUGUAAUUGUUGACAUAUUAUCUAGCUACAGUAGCUAGCUACCGUUAGUAAUUGUUAGCGAGCUAUUUUGACAUAAAAAAAUAUAUAUAUAUAUAUAUUCACCUUUAUUUAACCAGGUAAGCCAGUUGAGAACAAGUUCUCAUUUACAACUGCGACCUGGCCAAGAUAAAGCAAAGCAGUGCGAUAAAAACAACAACACAGACUUACAUACGGGGUAAAACAAAACAUAAAGUCAAAAAAUACAACAGAAAAUAUAUAUACAGUGUGUGCAAAUGUAGCAAGUUAUGGAGGUAAGGCAAUAAAUAGGCUAUAGUGCAAAAUAAUUACAAUUAGUAUUAACACUGGAAUGCUAGAUGUGCAAGAGAUUAUGUGCAAAUAGAGAUACUGGGGUGCAAAAUAGCAAAAAUAAAUAACAAUAUAGGGAUGAGGUAGUUGGGUGGGCUAAUUUCAGAUGGGCUGUGUACAGGUGCAGUGAUCGGUAAGGUGCUCUGACAACUGAUGCUUAAAGUUAGUGAGGGAGAGAAGAGUCUCCAGCUUCAGAGAUUUUUGCAAUUCGUUCCAGUCAUUGGCAGCAGAGAACUGGAAGGAAUGGCGGCCAAAGGAGGUGUUGGCUUUGGGGAUGACCAGUGAGAUAUACCUGCUGGAGUGCAGACUACGGGUGGGUGCUGCUAUAGUGACCAAUGAGCUAAGAUAAGGCGGGAUUUGCCUAGCAUUGAUUUAUAGAUGGCCUGGAGCCAGUGGGUUUGACGACGAACAUGUAGUGAGGACCAGCCAACAAGAGCGUACAGGUCACAGUGGUGGGUAGUGUAUGGGGCUUUGGAGACAAAACGGAUGGCACUGUGAUAGACUACAUCCAAUUUGCUGAGUAGAGUGUUGGAGGCCAUUUUGUAAAUGACAUCGCCGAAGUCAAGGAUCGGUAGGAUUGUCAGUUUUACGAGGGCAUGUUUGGCAGCAUGAGUGAAGGAGGCUUUGUUGCGAAAUAGGAAGCCGAUUCUAGAUUUAACUUUGGAUUGGAGAUUCUUAAUGUGAGUCUGGAAGGAGAGUUUACAGUCUAACCAGACACCUAGGUAUUUGUAGUUGUCCACAUACUCUAGGUCAGACCCGUCGAGAGUAGUGAUUCUAGUCGGGUGGGCGGGUGCCAGCAGCGUUUGAUUGAAGAGCAUGCAUUUAGUUUUACUAGUGUUUAAGAGCAGUUGGAGGCUACUGAAGGAGUGUUGUAUGGCAUUGAAGCUCGUUUGGAGGUUUGUUAACACAGUGUCCAAUGAAGGGCCAGAUGUAUACAAAAUGGUGUCGUCUGCGUAGAGGUGGAUCUGAGAGUCACCAGCAGCAAGAGCGACAUCAUUGAUAUACACAGAGAAAAGAGUCGGCCCAAGAAUUAAACCCUGUGGCACCCCCAUAGAGACUGCCAUAGGUCCAGACAACAGGCCCUCCGAUUUGACACAUUGAACUCUAUCUGAGAAGUAGUUGGUGAACCAGGCGAGGCAGUCAUUUGAGAAACCAAGGCUAUUUAGUCUGCCAAUAAGAAUGCGGUGGUUGACCGAGUCGAAAGCCUUGGCCAGGUCGAUGAAGACGGCUGCACAGUACUGUCUAUUAUCGAUCGCGGUUAUAAUAUCGUUUAGGACCUUGAGCGUGGCUGAAGUGCACAGGUCCAGAUUUUGGGGGGGGCAUGGGUAAGUUUCAGCUGAGGGUGCAGAGUUGGUGGCCGGGGUAGUGGUAGCCAGGUGGAAAGCAUGGCCAGCCGUAGCAAAAUGCUUGUUGAAAUUCUCGAUUAUUGUAGAUUUAUCGGUGGUGAUAGUGUUUCCUAGCCUCAGUGCAGUGGGCAGCUGGGAGGAAGUGCUCUUAUUCUCCAUGGACUUUACAGUGUCCAAAAACUUUUUGGAGUUAGUGCUACAGGAUGCAAAUUUCUGUUUGAAAAAGUUAGCCUUUGCUUUCCUAACUGCUUGUGUAUAUUGGUUCCUAACUUCCCUGAAAAGUUGCAUAUCGCGGGGGCUAUUUGAUGCUAAUGCAGUACGCCACAGGAUGUUUUUGUGCUGGUCAAGGGCAGUCAAGUCUGAGGAGAACCAGGGGCUAAAUCUGUUCUUAGUUCUGUAUUUUUUGAAUGGGGCAUGUUUAUUUAAGAUUGAGAGGAAAUUACUUUUAAAGAACAACCAGGCAUCCUCUACUGACGGAAUGAGAUCUAUAUCCAUCCAGGAUACCUGGGCCAGGUCAAUUAGGAAGGCCUGCUCGCUAAAGUGUUUUAGGGAGAGUUUGACAGUGAUGAGGGGUGGUCGUUUGACCGCGUACCCGUUACGGACGCAGGCAAUAAGGCAGUGAUCGCUGAGAUCCUGGUUGAAGACAGCGGAGGUGUAUUUAGAGGGUAAGUUAGUCAGGAUGAUAUCUAUGAGGGUACCCAUGUUUAUGGAUUUAGGGUUGUACCUGGUUGGUUCGUUGAUAGUUUGUGUGAGAUUGAGGGCAUCUAGUUUGGAUUGUAGGAUGGCCGGGGUGUUAAGCAUAUCCCAAUUUAGGUCACCAAGCAGUACGAACUCUGAGGAUAAAUGGGGGGCAAUCAAUUCACAUAUGGUGUCCAGGGCACAGCUGGGGGCUGAGGGGGGUCUGUAGCAAGCGGCAACAGUGAGAGACUUAUUUCUGGAAAGGUGGAUUUUUAGAAGUAGAAACUCAAACUGUUUGGGCACAGACCUGGAUAGUAUAAUAGAGCUCUGCAGGCUAUCUCUACAGUAGAUUGCAACUCCACCCCCUUUGGCAGUUCUAUCUAGACGGAAAAUGUCAUAGUUGGGGAUGGAAAUGUCAGAAUUUUUGGUGGCCUUCCUAAGCCAGGAUUCAGACACUGCUAGAACAUCAGGGUUGGCGGAGUGUGCUAACGCAGUGAAUAACUCAAACUUAGGAAGUAGACUUCUGAUAUUAACAUGCAAGAAACCAAGGCUUUUGCGAUUACAGAAGUCAACAAAUGAUAGCGCCUGGGGAGUAGGAGUGAUACUGAGGGCUGCAGGGCCUGGGUUAGCCUCUACAUCACUAGAGGAACAGAGGAGGACUAGAAUAAGGAUACGGCUAAAGGCUUUAAGAACUGGUCUUCUAGUGCGUUGGGUACAUAGAAUAAAGGGGGCAGAUUUCCGGGCGUUGUAGAAAAGAUUCAGGGCAUUAUGUACAGACAAGGAUAUGGAAGGAUAUGAGUAAAGUGGAGGUAAACCUAAGCGUUGGGUAACAAUGAAAGAGAUAGCAUCACUGGAGGCACUGAUUGAGUCGGUCUCCGCGUGUAUGGGGGGUGAGACAAAGGAGCUAUCUAAGACAGGUUUAGCUGGGCUGGGGGAUCUACAGUGAAAUAGUACAAUUAGAAAUAACCGAAACAGCAAUAAGCAAACCAUAUUGACAUGGGAGAGAGGCAUAAAGCAAUCACAGGUGUAAUUUGAGAGAGCUAAGACAACAGCUGGUAAUGACGACACAGUUUGGGCUGAGGCUAAACAUAAACAGGAUGCGGUACCGUAAAAAGGAACAGUCCAGCAGGCAUCAGUUGUAUAGCUGAGUUAUCAUAAGGUCCGGUGAACAGCAAUAGGAUAGUUCGGAGGUAGAUCGGGGGCUGCUAAAGCACUAGCGAGCAAGAGGCCACGGCUAGCGUGUGCUAGCGGGCCGGGGCUAGCAGAUGGAUAACUGUUCAUGGCUAACUGUUCAUUUUUUUAGUCAUUUUAGCAGACGCUCUUAUCCAGAGUGACUUAAAGUUAGUCAGUGCAUACAUUUUUUUCAUACUGGUUCAUGACCUGUAGUCUAAAGCUACUGUACUUUAGCUAGCUGGCUAACGUCAUAUUAUUUUCCAUCAACUAGCUAUCAACCCAAGUAACGGUAAUUGUUUGUGUAAUUAUACUAAUACGUGUCCAAUGUCACUAGCUAGCUAGCUAACCAGUAACUAAUGUAGCUAGCUAUAUACAGUAUAUAUAUUUUUAUAUUAGGAUCCCCAUUACUACUCUUCCUGGGGUCCAUACAGAUUUAAAAUAAUUAAGUAGCUACAUCACAACAAAACGCAACAGGCUACUUCAUUAAUAAAACAAUAGAUCAUGCAAUACAUUAUUACUCUAUUACAAAUGUAUAAUAUACAACAGUAAGAUGAGGGAGGACACUAUUUUUAUGAGCAUGGCCUUUAUUUCUAUUACAGCAUAUUGGAUGACUGCCAUUCAUAUUCCAUUCACCCAGCUCAAUGUAACAUCGAUAGGUUUAGCUAGGUUACUACACAAUAUACUUGGAUUUUCCCUAUACCCAUCAUGAGGUUGCUACAACCUAGACUAUGAAUGAAAGUUUACAACAGGUGCACAGGUCGAGAUGAUAAAAAUUGGAGUAAUCAAGGUGACAGACAGUGACACAUUUAAUAUCGCCUUGCACACUCUUGUCUGUAUCUAGCUGAUCUAGGGUCUAAUCAUUAGUCCAACAGUUGCAAAUGAGAGUUUCUAUUCAACAAAUUCAGGUGUAUUCAUCCCCGUUUCGUUGUAUUUGCUUCCGUUUUAAGAAACGUUUUUCAACAGAAUCGGCAGAAUGAAUACACCCCUGAUCACAUUCGAACACAGUUCACAUUCAUAGCAGCCACAUACAAACAGCAUUAUCACUUUGUAGUGCAUUUACGUGCGCUCCUCUCGCAUUUUCCCUUCGCUUGUGGACUUCAGUGCACAACAAAUCAGCUGUCUGUGACCAGGCGAAAAACCUUUCCAAGCCAAACCUUCAUAUCAUAAUCGCUAACCGCUGCACACAGCCUACAUCGUUGUCACCAUAUUAGCUAACGUCAUAGUCAAGAAAGCUACUAGAACUAACGCUUUAGUAAACCCGCUACAAUCAUGCAGUACAGUGUACAGUCAGCAAGCAGUUUAGCAGUUACACCAGCGGGCCCUGGACUGGUGUCAAUAAAUUCAUAAACCAAAAGCUUACCUUGACUUGGAAGAGUUCCGGUGUUGGAUAGCCAUAGCCAGCUAGCUAACAUAGCAUCCCUCUCUGUUUGAGCUGGGUGUUUUGAGUAGGCAAAACUACUAGCUAGCUGCAUUCACUAGCUAAGAAAGUGAAACAAAUACAACAAGAAAUAUAGCUACCUCUCUCCUUGCGUCUCCUUCAUUUUUGAAGAAAUUAAUUUGUUCAAAACUGUUCAACUAUUGUCUUUCUCUCUCUUUGAGUCAACUACUCACCACAUUUUAUGCACUGCAGUGCUAGCUAGAUAGGUUGGAGGACGUCCGGAAGUUGUCAUAAUUACUGUAUAAGUCUAUGGAAGGUGGUGAGAACCAUGAGCCUCCUAGGUUUUGUAUUGAAGUCAAUGUACCCAGAGGAGGACAGAAACUAGCUGUCCUCCAGCAACACCAUGGUGCUACCCUACAGAGUGCUGAUGAGGCUACUGUAGACCUUCAAAGCAAAACAGUGUGUUUUAAUCAAUUAUUUGGUGACAUGAAUAUGUUUCAAGUUUUAAUGUCAAAAGCACAGCGAAAUUCCUUUCUUACAAACUAUUUAGUAUUGUUUGAUCAACAAUUCUUAAUGUAAAAAAAAUCAAAUGAAACUCCCCCUCCACUGAGGAGCCUCCACUGAUAUACAAUUAUUAUUACAAUGUGUGUGUUAGCGUGUCUGCUGUGAGGUGUUGUUUUAUCAGUUUUUUAAAUCUGAUUUUACUGCACGCUUACUUGAUGUGGAAGAGUUCCAUGUAGUCAUCGCUCUAUGUAGUAUUGUGUGUUUCCUAGAGUCUGUUCUGGACUUGGGUAAUGUGAAGAGACCGUCUGUCUAGUUAGAUGAAAUAUGAAAGGCUGAGAGGUGACACUAUUUUGCCCUUUGAGCCAUAGCCACACAUGCACUGAAUAUGAUUAUCCCUCCCUCUCUCACUGCAGGAUUUCUACAACUGGCCGGAUGAAUCCUUUGAGGAGAUGGACAGCACGCUGGCUGUACAACAGGUGUGGUUGAGUUAGCUAGUGGGGAAUAACUGUGGAGUCCAUUUUGAGCUUCAAAUUAGCCUUAAGUGUUAUGAUUGCAGAAUGCUGUUCAUAGCUGUCAAGUGCCAAGCCUGACGGUGACAAGCUCUACCUUAUUUUAAGAUGGCUGCCUGCUGCCCUAUAAACCUACUGUUAGGUUCUAAACGAACCGAGUAAAACUCACGGACGAUUGUUAAAGCUCAAACCAAGUUUAUUCUCCCAAAGGGUCAAACAGCUGCAUAAGACAAAAAACAUAUUCACACAAGCACUGGUAUUUAACCCUUCCUAUGCGGAGUCUCCUCCUCACACAUAUGGUCAGCCAAUACAUCUGUUGCCAGCCAGAACUUUAGUGGUGACUGUUCUUUCUCACUUCAUCUGACCUGACCUUAGCCCGCAUUCCUCAAUCCUCCCCACUCAUAGCUGUCCUGUUGACUUGUACCAGUCUGUGGCCCCACUCCUUCCCAUAGGAUCCCUGAUGUCUAACAAUAACAUGUUCUGACAGUAUGUACACAUCCUAUAUUCCUCUCUCUCCCUCUGUGACAUGAUUAAGGAUGUUUGAAGUUUAUAGGUCAGAACCCAUCACUACAAAGCAUCUCAUCUAUUAAUGGUUGACUAGUGUGAUCAUUGUCACCCAUGUCAGAAGCUAUUUAUUUUAGCUAGCUAGGGGGAUGAUGGCAAGAUGUUCUGAUCACUAACCUCAGUGCCUCCCCUGUCCCUUGUUCAGUACAUUCAGCAGAACAUCCGGUCAGACUGCUCCAGUAUCGAUAAGAUCCUGGAGCCACCAGAGGGACAGGACGAGGGGGUGUGGAAGUAUGAGCACCUCAGGUACAGUAGCUGCACUUCACACUAGACUCUGCACUACACACUAGACUCUGCACUACACACUAGACUCUGCACUACACACUCUAGACUCUGCACUACACACUAGACUCUGCACUACACACUCUAGACUCUGCACUACACACUCUAGACUCUGCACUACACACUCUUGACUCUGUACUACUCACUCUAGACUCUGCACCACCCACUCUAGACUCUGCACCACCCACUCUAGACUCUGCACUACACACUCUUGACUCUGCACUACUCACUCUAGACUCUGCACCACCCACUCUAGACUCUGCACCACCCACUCUUGACUCUGCACUACACACUCUAGACUCUGCACUACUCACUCUAGACUCUGCACCACCCACUCUAGACUCUGCACCACCCACUCUAGACUCUGCACCACCCACUCUUGACUCUGCACCACCCACUCUUGACUCUGCACCACCCACUCUUGACUCUGCACCACCCACUCUAGACUCUGCACCACCCACUCUAGACUCUGCACUACACACUCUAGACUCUGCACCACCCACUCUAGACUCUGCACCACCCACUCUAGACUCUGCACUACCCACUCUAGACUCUGCACCACCCACUCUAGACUCUGCACCACCCACUCUUGACUCUGCACUGCACACUCUUGACUCUGCACUACUCACUCUUGACUCUGCACUGCACACUCUUGACUGCACUACUCACUCUUGACUCUGCACUACACACACUACACUGAGAUCAAAAACCUUACUCCGUGUGGGUGUGUUGACUCAGUCUGUGUCUACUGUUCUUCCAUCUGAUACAGGCAAUUUUGUCUGGAGCUGAAUGGACUAGCUGUGAAACUGCAGAGUGAGUGCCACCCAGAGACCUGCACCCAGAUGACCGCCACAGAACAGUGGAUCUUCCUGUGUGCUGCACACAAGACCCCCAAAGAGGUCUGUUACUAAAAUCAGAAUUCAGAACGUCUUGAAGAACGGUUGGGCCUUAAUGGUCAUGUACUCUCAUAAUCUCCACCCGGCACUGCCAGAAGAAGACUGGCCACCCCUCAGAGCCAGGUUCCUCUCUAGGUUUCUUCCUAUGUUCCUGCCUUUUCUAGGGAGUUUUUCCUACCCACUGUGCUUCUACAUCUGCAUUGCUUGAUCUUUGGGGUUUUAGGCUCUGUUUCUGUAUAGGACUUUAUGACAACUGCUGAUGUAAAAAGGGCUUUAUAAAAUACAUUUGAUUGAAUUCAAUUCACAUUUUUCAGCCCAGCCUGCAAUGCAUUAUAUUUAAGUUGCCUGUGCUUGGGUCCACAGUGCCCUGCCAUUGACUACACCAGGCACACGCUGGACGGAGCUGCCUGCCUUCUCAACAGCAACAAAUAUUUCCCCAGCCGGUGAGUACACACACACACACACACACACACACUCUAUGUAAAGGAGUACUUUGGUUCCCCACUCAUACGCUUUCAAUCUUCCCUCCCCAGUGUGAGCAUCAAGGAGUCCUCAGUGGCCAAGCUAGGCUCUGUGUGUCGCCGGAUCUAUAGGAUAUUCUCCCAUGCUUACUUCCACCAUCGCCAGAUAUUUGACAAGUAUGAGGUAAGUUGAAGGUUCACACUUCCAAAAUAGACUUGGCAGUGAGGUAUGAUUUGGGCUCCUCAUACAAAUGGAAAAUGACAGUAAAGCUUCACUGGGACAUUCAUUGCUUUUUUGCUUGUUUGAAUUAGAAAAUAUAAUGCACUUACCCACACCAGAUGUGCAACAGAUUGAGCAGGAAUUGAUGAGAAUGAUUACCAACUCUUUUAUUCUCCGUAUGUGGCCAACCAGCUAUGGUCAUAUUCCAUUUUGUAGUAGUCCCAUAUUCAGACAACAGGUGGCACUACAGACCUAGACAAUAGGGAAACACUGAACUGAUACUGUAUGUUGUCGUUACUAGAGCUGAAUAGAGUCUGGGACCUGGGCAUAUCCAUAAUGGUCACUUCAUGGUCUACUGAACUCAUGCUCAGUGGAGUUCACCCAUGUGAUGACUCCAAGCAGACCAAAGCUAUGGCUCUACAUACAACGGUUAGUUCUGAUCCUUGAUGCUUAUUAGCUGCGUUCCAGACAUGAUUUACUUCAUGACAAAUCACGGCUGUGACAGGCUCUAUAGUAAAUGGUCAGUCAGCCUCUAAACUAGUGCAUCAGACCUCAGACUUCAUCCUCUGGUUUCUCCUCUGUGUUUAGUGUCUAGGGGUAGAGGUUAGAGGUUGUUUCUGGACCAGGCCCAACUCAUCCUCUGGUUUCUCCUCUGUGUUUAGUGUCUAGGGGUAGAGGCUAGAGGUUGUUUCUGGACCAGGCCCAACUCAUCCUCUGGUUUCUCCUCUGUGUUUAGUGCCUAGGGGUAGAGGCUAGAGGUUGUUUCUGGACCAGGCCCAACUCAUCCUCUGGUUUCUCCUCUGUGUUUAGUGUCUAGGGGAAGAGGCUAGAGGUUGUUUCUGGACCAGGCCCAACUCAUCCUCUGGUUUCUCCUCUGUGUUUAGUGUCUAGGGGUAGAGGCUAGAGGUUGUUUCUGGACCAGGCCCAACUCUCAUCCUCUGGUUUCUCCUCUUUCCUUCCCUGUAGAACGAGACGUUCCUGUGCCAUCGGUUCACGCGCUUCGUGAUGAAGUACAACCUGAUGUCCAAGGACAACCUGAUUGUACCUAUCUUGGAGGAGGAGGUCCAGAACGCCUCAGCUGGGGAGAGCGAGGCCUGAGAGGAGAGCUGCACACAGGAGACCAGACGGGAGUUCAAAUACUAGAGUCAAAUACUGCUUGAUUGAGCUUGCCUGUUGCAAUGAAACCAAUGAGAGUCCCACAAGUGCAAACCCCGCCCACCUGGCACUCCAGGCAGGCUAUAGCAAACGCUCAAAGUAUUUGAAAAGCUACAGUCUCUCACUACUCUGUAGGGGAACGUUGCUUUAACCUUUGGAGCAGCUGGAUUUACAAAAGCUACAUUAAACCAUAAUACAGUUGGGGAAAAAAGUAUUUAGUCAGCCACCAAUUGUGCAAGUUCUCCCACUUAAAAAGAUGAGAGAGGCCUGUAAUUUGCAUCAUAGGUACACGUCAACUAUGACAGACAAAAUGAGAAAAAAAUAUCCAGAAAAUCACAUUGUAGGAUUUGUAAUGAAUUUAUUUGCAAAUUAUGGUGGAAAAUAAGUAUUUGGUCAAUAACAAAAGUUUCUCAAUACUUUGUUAUAUACCCUUUGUUGGCAAUGACACAGGUCAAUGUUUUCUGUAAGUCUUCACAAGGUUUUCACACACUGUUGCUGGUAUUUUGGCCCAUUCCUCCAUGCAGAUCUCCUCUAGAGCAGUGAUGUUUUGGGGCUGUCGCUGGGCAACACAGACUUUCAACUCCCUCCAAAGAUUUUCUAUGGGGUUGAGAUCUGGAGACUGGCUAGGCCACUCCAGGACCUUGAAAUGCUUCUUACGAAGCCACUCCUUCGUUGCCCGGGCGGUGUGUUUGGGAUCAUUGUCAUGCUGAAAGACCCAGCCACGUUUAAUCUUCAAUGCCCUUGCUGAUGGAAGGAGGUUUUCACUCAAAAUCUCACGAUACAUGGCCCCAUUCAUUCUUUCCUUUACACAGAUCAGUCGUCCUGGUCCCUUUGCAGAAAAACAGCCCCAAAGCAUGAUGUUUCCACCCCCAUGCUUCACAGUAGGUAUGGUGUUCUUUGGAUGCAACUCAGCAUUCUUUGUCCUCCAAACACGACGAGUUGAGUUUUUACCAAAAAGUUCUAUUUUGGUUUCAUCUGACCAUAUGACAUUCUCCCAAUCCUCUUCUGGAUCAUCCAAAUGCACUCUAGCAAACUUCAGACGGGCCUGGACAUGUACUGGCUUAAGCAGGGGGACAAGUCUUGCACUGCAGGAUUUGAGUCCCUGGCGGCGUAGUGUGUUACUGAUGGUAGGCUUUGUUACUUUGGUCCCAGCUCUCUGCAGGUCAUUCACUAGGUCCCCCCGUGUGGUUCUGGGAUUUUUGCUCACCGUUCUUGUGAUCAUUUUGACCCCACAGGGUUACAGGUCUGUGAGAGCCAGAAAUCUUGCUUGUUUGUAGGUGACCAAAUACUUAUUUUCCACCAUAAUUUGCAAAUAAAUUCAUUAAAAAUCCUACAAUGUGAUUUUCUGGAAUUUUUUCUCUCAAUUUGUCUGUCAUAGUUGACAUGUACCUAUGAUGAAAAUUACAGGCCUCUCUCAUCUCAUUUUAAGUGGGAGAACUUGCACAAUUGGUGGCUGACUAAAUACUUUUUUCCCCACCGUAUGUGUUGAUGACAAAGGCACACCCUUAUGGUCUUCCAGUAUAUUACCCCUGCUGUCCCAUGUCGUUGUCCGCCCCCCCCUAUCAGGUCUUUGCUGGUGCUUCACCUUUGCUUUAUCUCUCCCUGUUGCUUUUGUUCUCUCACUGAAUUCGAAAUAGACUCCUUGCCACUCCUGUAGAUCUGAGAGGCUUGGAUAGGUGCAAAAAUAUGCAGACAUUUCCACGAAACCCAUUGAAAGGCAAGAUGAAGCUAUGACCAUAAUGCUUAUCUGUAUCCACUCCUCAAGUUUACAGGUGUGCCUAGGGUUUAGAGGUUAGGGGUCCAUUUGUGGUUCAGAAUCCCUCUAUGCUUGUGUUGCUCUGAGUACACACCACCUUCACCCUUUACCCUCCCUCCCCCUCAUCCUUAAGUUAUUUUGUGGGAGGAGUCUUGUCGAUCCGCCCAACUUUUUAUUUUCCUUUAAAGAACUACAUUUUGUUACUGUGGACAUUUCCAUGUCUUAAUAAAAAAGGACUAUUACCGUUUUCUUGUUGACCCAAAAAACUAUCCCUUUGUAUAAUUUGGCCUCAUCUGGUAUGACUUAAUUUUUAAAUGCAGCUUGUAAAAGUAAUGGGAAUAUUUGAGAGGUUUACACCUCUCAACACCUGGAUGAAGAAGGUUAAGGUGGCAGAUGUGAGUGUGGGGCCACCGCUGGAACUGUCAAGAAUGAACUUGUCCUGUCCAUGGCCUCUAUUCCAUUUAGCCUAGCUGCCAAGUGCUUAAAAGUAAAUAAUUGGUCAGUAAAUGUGAGGAAAUCAUGGCCAGUGUUUUUCUAAAGCGGAGAAUACAACUGGACACAGAGGAACGAGGAGAAAUAGCUGUUUAAUAAAAUAUCAACACCGAUGACAAAAGGAAGCAAAAUAUUACAAAUUCUCAAAUGAAAACACUGCAACUGGUAAAUAAUACUGAUUUGUUUUGCCAUCCCCAAAACAAGGGGGCUCAUAAACUUGUAUUCUGUGUAACUAAAAAGGUCCAUCUCUAGUGAUACUUUUUGUUAACAUCUACGAUAUGUACAUCAUCAUGGUGUUCUCUUAUACAACAAACCCUUUGUUGUUUCACUUUAAUAGUAUUAUAAAACAAAUGUCACAGUCAUCUCCCUUAGUAACACAAUAGGGCUUUUGUCUGAAGAACUGAGGAAAGGAAUCAUCACUGGGCAGAAUGAAACAAUUGAGGCCUGAUAACCAGUACCAUGUGGCUAUGAUAAAAUAACUACCAGCUAUUUCUUAUGACACAAUAGGUGCAGGAAUAGAAUAGGUCCUGAUGCCAAUGAAUAAAAAAUAUUUAAAAAUACAGAUCAAUGAACAACAGACUUGAGCACAAAAACAUGGGGACACGUUGUUCCAACAUCCAGGUGUGUCGUUGGUCACAGAGUUCAGUCCAGUGGUCUGUGUGUGUCUACAUGGAAGGUACUUCCUGGUUCCCCUGGUCACUGUGGAGAUGUCCUGCGCUUUGUGCUAGUCACAGUUAUGUGUGAAUGCAUGUUCUUUCUCAUAUGAAAAGGUGGUGUGUGAACGAUGUGAUGUGUGAAUCUGGAUUUAUAAGUGCGUAUUUGUGAUGGUAUGAACAAAAGUGUCUCAACAUCAGUGAAUAUAGACGGCUUGCUUUUCCCAACAAAAUUUAUAAAAAUGGAAAUAACACCAUCUCAAAAUGGUAAAUAUGGCUUCAUAAUAAUAAAAAAAACAGAAAGUGCCAAGUUUUGCUUUCUAAUCUAUGGUCUUCUUGGUUAUGGAAGCGAUUAGAGGGAUAGAUGGGGAAUGUAUAUAAUCUGUGUGUGUGUGUGUGUGUGUCCAUUUCAGGGGUCACAUGCAGGUGACCUCUGCCGCCCCGUCGUCGUGCUCGAAGCCCCCCUCCUCUAGGUGGGACAGGGCGCUGGGGUACCCCCCUCCGAAAACAGGGAACCCCCCGAUACCCCCAGCGGUGGGGGACAGCUCCACAGUGGGGGGUGUUAGGGGGCCGCCCACACCUUGACUCACAGAGCGAGUGGACACGUCCCUCUGAAUGGACCCCGCCUGGGAGAGGACAGAGAGGGGAGGAUCAGAGAGGAAGAGGCUAGCAUGUCCCUGUGACGGUGACUUUUCAAUGCAGUAACGCUAAACAUUGUGCAUAUAGUCAGAGGUCAUAAAAAUAUAUUGUAAAAGCAACACGCAUAUCUAAUGCAGCACAGAUGUGUGUAAUGGCAACUAGCCCUCACUUCAGAAUUAGACGUUCAUCCAUGUUUCUCAAACGUCAAAUUUUAAAGUUGCGUGUUUAAGGUUAAGUUUAGGCAUGAUAGUGUAGCAAUUUAAUACAAUUCAUUGAUUUGUAUGAUACUGCUACAUCUCACUUUGCUUUCAUUUUCCACUUCCCUUUAUCAUAAAAACGUCCACAGGGGAGCAGUAUUGUCACAAAUAGCAGCUUUCCUGUUGUAGUAUUUCGUUCUAAAUGAAACCAAGCCCUCACAUGGUUCCUCUGUGGUAUUGAAGAGGUCUUGAUUGGUCUCUGUAGGAACACCACCUGCUUGGUUGCCAGGUUACCAUCACUAGACAAACACACACAACAUUACAAGAGUUUAUGAAGGAAAACAGUCAUAUAAGGCAUGAUGACCCGGGCUACAAAAUUGACACCUUUGUUCUGAGAAGGACCAUCAGGCAACACACAAAACAUUAAAGUGCCAUGUCAGGUUCAUCCCUUGAGUGCAUCAAUGAGUACAGAGACUUGAGCCAAGACUGGUCCAACAACAUUAAUAUCAAAAUCUCCAUCAAUUAUGUGUGUUACCGGUCAUGGCGGAUGAUAUGUGUGGGCAGGACACAGGUGAGCAGCCAGCCGAACUCAGCCAGUGUGUGAAGGAGUGGCCCAUAAUCGGUCUUCACAUCAGAACCCUACACAGCACAACAAUGUUGUCACACACUGGAUAGAGGUAAUCGUCACACACUGGAUAGAGGUAAUCGUCACACACUGGAUAGAGGUAAUUGUUGAAUGUUUUCUACAGUUGUUUAUCCAUCUUCUAGUGUUACGAUUAGGGUUGUUGGCACACAUUAAGUCACAUGUGAAUGAGGUCAUUCACCACCACUAGUUGUUUGAGCUCUGUUUUACUUUCACACGCGUACAGAUGCUAAUCUCUCUCCCCGCCCCCACACACACACAGACAUUAUGCUAAUCUCCCCCCCACACACACACACAGACAUGAUGGUAAUCUCUCCACACACAGACAUAAUGCUAAUCUCUCCCCCCACACACAAUGCUAAUCUCCCCCCCACACACAAUGCUAAUCUCUCCACACACACACAAUGCUAAUCUCUCUCCCCCACCCACACAGACAGAAUGCUAAUCUCUCUCCCCCCCACACAGACAGAAUGCUAAUCUCUUCCCCCCACCACACACAUACAAUGCUAAUCUCUCUCCCCCCCACACAGACAUGAUGCUAAUCUCUCUCCCCCCCACACACAGACAUGAUGCUAAUCUCUCCCCCACACAAUGCUAAUCUCCCCCCCACACACACACAGACAUGAUGCUAAUCUUUCCCCCACACACACAGACAUGAUGGUAAUCUCUCCACACACAGACAUAAUGCUAAUCUCUCCCCCCCACACACAAUGCUAAUCUCCCCCCCACACACAAUGCUAAUCUCUCCACACACACACAGACAUGAUGCUAAUCUCUCCCCCCCACCACACACAUACAAUGCUAAUCUCUCUCCCCCACACACAGACAUGAUGCUAAUCUCUCCCCCCCCACACACACAGACAUAAUGCUAAUCUCUCCCCCACACACACAGACAUGAUGCUAAUCUCUCCCCCCCACACACACACAUAAUGCUAAUCUCUCCCCCACACACACAGACAUAAUGCUAAUCCCUCCCCCCCACACAGACAUAAUGCUAAUCUCUCCCCCACACACAUAGACAAGAUGCUAAUCUCUCCCCCACGCACACAGACAAAAUGCUAAUCUCUCUUCACCCCCCCAACCACAGACAUAAUGCUAAUCUCUCCCCCCCACACACAGACAUGAUGCUAAUAUCUCCCCCACACACACAGACAUGAUGCUAAUCUCUCCCCCCCACACACACGAUGCUAAUCUCUCCCCCACACACACAGACAUGAUGCUAAUCUCUCCCCCCCACACACAUGAUGCUAAUCUCUCCCCCACACACACAGACAUGAUGCUAAUCGCCCCCCCCCACACACACAGACAUAAUGCUAAUCUCUCCCCCAAACACAGACAUAAUGCUAAUCUCUCCCCCACACACACAGACAUGAUGCUAAUCUCUACCCCCCACACACAGACAUAAUGUUAAUAUCUCCCCCCCACACACAGACAUGAUGCUAAUAUCUCCACCACACACACAGACGUGAUGCUAAUAUCUCCCCCCACACACAGACAUGAUGCUAAUAUCUCCCCCCCCCCCCCCACACACACACACACAGACAUAAUGCUAAGCCCCCCCACACACACUAUGCUAAUCUCUCCCCCCCACACACAGACAUGAUGCUAAUCUCUCCCCCCCACACACAGACAUAAUGUUAAUCCCCCCCACACACACUAUUCUAAUCUCUCCCCCCCCACACAGACAUAAUGCUAAUCCCCCCCCCCCCCCCCCACACAGACAUGAUGCUAAUAUCUCCCCCACACACACAGACAUGAUGCUAAUCUCCCCCCCCACACACACACACACAGACAUAAUGCUAAGCCCCCCCCACACACACUAUGCUAAUCUCCCCCCCCCCCACACACAGACAUAAUGCUAAUCUCUCACCCCACACACAGACAUAAUGCUAAUCUCUCCCCCCCACACACAGACGUAAUGCUAAUCCCCCCCACACACAAUGCUAAUCUCUCCCCACACACACAAACAUAAUGCUAAUCUCUCCCCCCCACACACAGACAUAAUGCUAAUCUCUCCCCCCCCACACACAUACAUAAUGCUAAUCUCUCCCCCCCACACACAGACGUAAUGCUAAUCCCCCCCACACACAAUGCUAAUCCCUCCCCACACACACAAACAUAAUGUUAAUCUCUCCCCCCCCACACACAGACAUAAUGCUAAUCUCUCCCCCCCACACACAAACAUAAUGCUAAUCUCUCUCUCCCCCCACACACAGACAUAAUGCUAAUCUCUCUCUCCCCCCACACAGACAUAAUGCUAAUCUCUCCCCCCCCACACACAGACAUAAUGCUAAUCUUUCCCCCCACACUCAGACAUAAUGCUAAUCUCUCCCCCCCACACACAGACAUAAUGCUAAUCUCUCCCCCCCACACACAGACAUAAUGCUAAUCUCUCCCCCCACACACAGACGUAAUGCUAAUCUCUCCCCCCCACACACAGACAUAAUGCUAAUCCCCCCCACACACAAUGCUAAUCUCUCCCCACACACACAAACAUAAUGCUAAUCUCUCUCUCCCCACACACACACAGACGUAAUGCUAACCUCUCUCCCCCCCAACACACACAGACAUAAUGCUAACCUCUCUCUCCCCACACACACACAGACGUAAUGCUAACCUCUCUCUCCCCCACACACACACAGACGUAAUGCUAACCUCUCUCUCCCCACACACACACAGACGUAAUGCUAACCUCUCUCUCCCCCCACACACACAGACGUAAUGCUAACCUCUCUCUCCUUACAGGAUCUUCUCUAGCGAAUACCUACUGCAACACAUUCACCUGUCCUCACUGGCUGACACUCACACACUCAGGUAAGACGUAACGCAUGCACACACACGGCUCUCUUACCUCGAUGACGGUCCACUGCUCCACUACGAUAGUGUCGUUGGCAGGAGGGGCAGUACUUCUCUCUUCAUAGACAAACAGCCCCUCUAGGGACCUGGGCACGGGCUCACCUGACAACACAACACAACACAACACACACACACACACAGACAGACCAUCAGUCAGCAAACUAUACUGAACAAAAAUAUAAAUGCAACAUGAAACAAUUUCCAAGAUUUUACUGAGUUACAGUUCAUAUAAGGAAAUCAGUCAGUUUAAAUAAAUAAAUUAGGCCCUAAUCUAUGGAUUUCACAUUACAUUUACAUUUACAUUUUAGUCAUUUAGCAGACGCUCGACUUACAGUGACUGGGAAUACAGAUAUGCAUAUGUUGGUCACAGAUACCUUUAAAAAAAAAGUAGGGGCAUGGAUCAGAAAGCCAGUCAGUAUCUGGUGUGACCACCAUUUGCCUCAUACAGCGCUACACAUCUCCUGCAUAGAGUUGAUCAGGCUGUUGAUUGUGGCCUGUGGAAUGUUGUCCCACUCCUCUUCAGAGGCUGUGCGAAGUUGCUGGAUAUUGGUGGGAACUGGAACACGCUGUCGUACACAUCAAUCCAGAGCAUCCCAAACAUGCUCAAUGGGUGACAUGUCUGGUGAGUAUGCAGGCCAUGGAAAAAACUGGGCCAUUUUCAGCUUCCAGGAAUUGUGUACAGAUCCUUGCGACAUGGGGCUGUGCAUUAUCAUGCUGAAACAUGAGGUGAUGGCGGCGGAUAAAUGGCACGACAAUGGACCUCAGGAUCUCGUCACGGUAUCUCUGUGCAUUCAAAUUGCCAUCGAUAAAAUGCAAUUGUGUUCAUUGUCCGUAGCUUAUGCCUGCCCAUACCAUUACCCCACCGGCACCAUGGGGCACUCUGUUCACAACGUUGACAUCAGCAAACCGCUCGCCCACACGACGCCAUACAAGUCGUCUGCGGAUGUGAGGCCGGUUGGACGUACUGCCAAAUUGUCUAAAACGAAUUUGGAGGCGUCUUAUGUUAGAGAAAUUACCAUGAUAUUCUCUGGCAACAGCUCUGGUGGACAUUCCUACAGUCAAAUCAAAUCACAUUUUUAUUUGUCACAUGCACCGAAUACAACAACCGUGAAAUAAUAAUAUAAUAAUAUUCCAUUUAGCAGACGCUUUAAUCCAAAGCGACUUACAGUCAUGUGUGCAUACAUUUUUACGUAUGGGUGGUCCCGGGGAUCGAACCCACUACCCUGGCGUUACAAGCACCAUGCUCUACCAAUUUAGCUACAGAGGACCACCAAUGCUUACCCUUAACCAACAAUGCUGUUAAGAAAAUAAGAGUUAAGAAAAUAUUUCCUAAAUAAACUAAAGUAAAAAAAGACAUACAAUAAAAAUAACAAGGCUAUAUACACAGGGUACCGGUACCGAGUCAAUGUGCAGGGUUACAGGUUAGUCGAGGUAAUUGAGGUAAUAUGUACAUGUAGGUAGGGACAUGUAACUAUGCAUUGAUAAUAAACAGCGAGUAGCAGCAGUGUGUGGGGGUCAAUGCAAAUAGUCUGGGUAGCCAUUUGAUUAAUUGUUCAGCAGUCUUAUGGCUUGGGGAGUAGAAGCUGUUAAGGAGCCUUUUGGACCUAGACUUGGUGCUGCGGUACCGUGCGGUAGCAGAGAGAACAGUCUAUGACUUGGGUGACUGGAGUCUGAGAAUUUUAAGGGCCUUCCUCUGACACCGCCUAGUAUAGAGGUCUUGGAUGGCAGGAAGCUUGGCCCCAGUGAUGUACUGGGCCAUACGCAAUACCCUCUGUAGCACCUUACGGUCAGAUGCCGAGCAGUUGCCAUACCAGGCAGUGAUGCAACCGGUCAGUAGGCUCUCGAUGGUGCAGCUGUAUAACUUUUUGAGGAUCUGGGGACCCAUGCUAAAUCUUUUCAGUCUCCAGAGGGGGAAUAGGCGUUGUCGUGCCCUCUUCACGACUGUCUUAGUGUGUUUGGACCAUGAUAGUUUGUUGGUGAUGUGGACACCAAGGAACUUGAAGCUCUCUACCGCUCCACUACAGCCCUGCCGAUGUGAAUGGGGGCGUGUUUUCGGCCCUCCUUUUCCUGUAGUCCACGAUCAGCUCCUUUUUCUUGCUCACGUUGUUGUCCUGGCACCACACUGCCAGGUCUCUGACCACCUCCCUAUAGGCUGUCUCAUCGUUGUCGGUAAUCAGGCCUACCACUUUUGUGUCAUCAGCAAACUUAAUGAUGGUGUUGGAGUCGUGCUUGGCCAUGCAGUCAUGGGUAAAUAAGCAGUACAGGAGGGGACUAAGCACAUACCCCUGAGAGGCCCCAGUGUUGAGGAUCAGCGUGGCAGAUGUGUUGUUGCCUACCCUUACCACCUGGGGGCGGCCCGUCAGGAAGUCCAGGAUCCAGUUGCAGAGAGAGGUGUUUAGUCCCAGGGUCCUUAGCUUAGUGAUGAGCUUUGAGGACACUAUGGUGUUGAACGCUGAGCUGUAGUCAAUGAACAGCAUUCUCACAUUUCCCACCUGUCACAUUUGUUAAGCUGGGAAAGGGCAGUGUGGAGUGCAAUUGAGAUUGCGUCAUCUGUGGAUCUGUUGGGGCGGUAUGUGAAUUGGAGUGGGUCUAGGGUUUCCGGGAUGAUGGUGUUGAUGUGAGCCAUGACCAGCUUUUCAAAGCACUUCAUGGCUACAGACAUGAGUGCUACAGGUCGGUAGUCAUUUAGGCAGGUUACCUUGGCGUUCUUGGGCACAGGGACUAUGGUGGUCUGCUUGAAACAUGUAGGUAUUACAGACACGGUCAGGGAGAGGUUGAAUGUUGACCUGUUUAAAGGUCUUGCUCACAUCGUCUAUGGAGAGUGUGAUCACACAGUCGUCCGGAACAGCUGGUGCUCUCAUGCAUGCUUCUGUGUUACUUGCCUCGAAGCGAGCAUAAAAGGCAUUUAGCCCGUCUGGUCACUAGGCAGCUCGCGGCUGGGUUUCCCUUUGAAGUAAUAGUUUGCAAGCCCUGCCACAUCCAACAAUCAUCAGAGCCGGUGUAGUAGGAUUCAAUCUUAGUCCUGUAUUGAUGCUUUACCUGUUUGAUGGGUUGUCUGAGGGCAUAGCGGAAUUAAUAACUGCACGCUCCCUCAAAAUUUGAGACAUCUGUGGCACCUGUGUAAUGAUCAUGCUGUUUAAUAGCUUCUUGAUAUGCCACACCUGUCAGGUGGAUGGAUUAUCUUGGCAAAGGAGAAAUGCUCACUAACAGGGACGUAAACACAUUUGUGCACAACAUUUGAGAGAAAUAAGCUUUUUGUGCUUUUAUUUCAGCUCAUGAAACAUGGGACCAACACUUUACUUGUUGCGUUUACAUUUUUGUUCAGUGUAUCAACACACAAUGCAUAUCAACCAGAAAACAUUAAAUCAUACAUAAGCUAUGAGUUACACGAAUGCAAUCGGUGGACAGACGUGCAUCACCAGAUACCUUAACAUAGCUGCUGAACUGCAAUGUGAACAAUGCUCUACAUGAGGCAGUGAAUUCUAGUCAGUACUGAAAGUAUGUCAUUGGAAUGACAAUGAGGUAGUUAAAGACAUGAAGCAAUAGGCUGUGUGUGAGAGAGCGACAGACCCCCGUGUGCUAUAUUCUCAGGCCCCAGAUGUCUACAAAUUAUGUGGAUUUUAUGCUGCCAGUCUAUGGCGGAACAGGAAGCCAGGUUGGGAAGAGAGCUCCAAAUAUAGCCACAGUGGGAGAAGAGGGAGGGAGAGGAGGAAGAAGAUGAGGAGGCCUUACAACUCCUAA